AAAAAGGCUGGGUUGGGUCACAAGGCGCCUGCGCCACACUGCCGGCUGCCGAGUCGUCCCGAACUUUUCCUCCGCCGCCUCCGCCGCCUCCUCCGCGCCUUGGCAAGCGGGGCUCAGCCCGGAGCUGGCAGAAGGAGCGUGGCGGGGCUCCCAGCUCGCACCUCCGCGGACCCCUUCGCCUCGCCUCCCCUCUUGCCUCCUCCUCCUCCUCCUCCGGGGUUCCCCUCCCUCCCACCCAAGAAAGGGAGACCCACCCGCGGGGCAAAAAAAACUGCAGGGGCCAUCCGCGCGGACUCUCUCGCGCGUGGAGACGGGGGCUCUCCCUGCGCUGGCGAGAAAGAAGAAAAACUCCGAUUUUUUUAUUUUUUUUUUUAAACUCUUUUGGGAGGGGAGGGAUCGGCAGUGGGGACAAGCCGCGCGGGAUGGGGUUGCGGGGCCCACCUGCCUGAUUCUUGUUAUCACUUUAAAACCCAGAGCCCCAACUCGGCUUUCAGGAACUCGGAAACCUCUCGGCGCCCUCAACGGCCACGGCGGCAGAGAUCCUUGCUCACCAUGGUGGCAUUGCCAGGUUUUCUCCUACUCCUAGGGAUUGUAAAAGGAGUUGCUCCCUUGCAUCCUCAUGGGAAGCCAACUUGGCCAACCUACAAGGUGCCCGUCGUUCUACCGCAAUUAACAAUUUCUUUGGACAAACCGCACUUUGAAGCAGAAGCUCAACUGGAAGUGGCCUCCCCGUGUGGCCCGUCUUGCCACAAACGCUCUCCACUCCCAACGUAUGAAGAAGCGAAAGAUUAUUUGUCCUACGAGACAUUGUACUCCAACGGGUCCCGCACAGAAACCGAAGUCGGCAUCUACAUUGUUAGCAGGGCCAGCGCGGAGGGACAAAGCCGAUCGCGGACAAAGAGACAAAUCUAUGGCUAUGACACCAGAUUUAGCAUUUUCGGCAAGGACUUCUUGCUGAAUUACCCGUUUUCUACUUCCGUGAAGUUGUCCACGGGAUGCACCGGAACGUUAGUGGCUGAAAAACAUGUCCUGACGGCUGCUCAUUGCAUCCAUGAUGGGAAGAGUUACGUCAAGGGAGCCAAGAAGUUACGGGUUGGGUUCCUGAGACCCAAGCCCAAAGAUGGCAUCAGAAGGAUUGACAACAGUAGCACCCUUGAGCCCCAGAAAAUGAAGUUCCAGUGGAUUCGGGUGAAACGGACACAUGUUCCUAAAGGAUGGAUCAAAGGGAACGCUAAUGACAUUGGCAUGGAUUACGACUAUGCCCUGCUGGAGCUCAAGAAACCCCAUAAGCGAAAGUUCAUGAAGAUCGGAGUGAGCCCAGCGGCACGUCAGCUACCCAAAGGAAGGAUUCACUUCUCGGGCUAUGACAAUGACCGGCCUGGAAACUUGGUUUACCGGUUCUGUGAUGUCAAAGAUGAAACCUACGAUCUCUUGUAUCAGCAGUGUGACGCCCAGCCGGGGGCCAGCGGUUCUGGCGUGUACGUGAGGAUGUGGAAGAGACAGAAUCACAAAUGGGAGCGUAAAAUCAUAGGGAUAUUUUCUGGGCACCAGUGGGUGGACACCAAUGGAUCCCCCCAGGAUUACAACGUCGCUGUUCGUAUCACACCCCUCAAAUACGCACAGAUUUGCUUCUGGAUCACGGGGAACUACCAACAGUGUAGAGAUGGAUAGACCCAAUUUAUGUCCCAGAGAGGCUUAGCGGCUGGCUGGGGAAGGACAGGGGAGGGGUGGUGUUGGUGGAAAGCAUACGCCUAACUGCUCUGUGGGCACAGUUCUGUUUUUAGCAAUGCCAGGGUGCAGGAACUGACCAGGAGCAUAACCUGGUUAGCGUUUGGCAAUAAGCACAGUGUCCAUGCCAUGGCACAAAUCCUGGACCUUUGACCUUUUGCCUUAGGAUAAGCAAUAGCUGAAGUAACAGGGUUGGGGCUAAAGCAAAGUCCCUGCAGCUCCCUUUACGCCCUUGUUUAGGAUGGGUCCUCGUUCACCAAUGGGGAUGCUGAUUGGCUGGCUCUUAUAUCAUUCAUGUAGUGCAGGAUUGUCUAGGUUUGAUAGGAGGGUAACUGGACAGAGCCGCAAGCAUCUGUUCUUAAAUCUAGUGAUGCCAAAAUAGCAAAUGGUGGAUCGUGACAUCACAGUGCAAGCUCUGCGCUUUUGGAUGUAUCAUCAGUUAUUAGUAUAUAAGGCAUUAAUUUACUUUUGGAUGUCAUGACACACUUUUCACCGUUCCCCCUCCCUCUGGGGUUGGAGAGGUAGAAAUUGGUAGCCAAAACUGCUUGAAAAGAGGAACUUCGGCCACUAUUCUCUUAAAAGAAAUGGUCAACAAAAUACAAAUCCUUGGCCAAAUUGAAUGAACCCCGAAUACAUAUUUCAAGGCAGAAUACCAUUACUUUCUCUGCUUUCUUUUUUUAAGGGACUAUUAAAAUAUGCAAUCUGGAGGUGCAUUAGCUUUCUCCAAGAGUCAUGUUGGCAGUAAGUCCAGUACAGUAUUGAAACACAUAUUUUCGUGAUAUUUUUGUGGCUCAUUGUUCUCCUCCACUCCCAGCUACCAAUUAAUCUUAAGGAAAUCCUGUUCUGUUGGGUUUUUUUUUUUAAAAAAAUCUUCCGUUGAAUUUGCAAUGAAUUUGCAAAACAGCUUGAAAGUCACCGAGUUGGAAAAGGGUAGCGCUUGCAAUGUUGAUUGAUUGGCCCUUGUGUCAAUUAUAAGGCUACCUUUCUCCUUAUUAGGGCAGCCUGGUGCAAAGCCCUGAUUGGUAAAAGUCACCACUCCUUCCUCGGUAUCUGAUGGGCUGACCUUUUCAAGGAUCAGCCCUUUUCUCAAAAUUGUUUUCAGAGCUUAAAACUACGUACAGCCCUUUCAAAAAAAAAAAAAAGCUUGCAAAACUGGACUCAAAUGAGGUCACAGAUCUGUAGGGGGAAUUAAUACAGGAAAAGAAAAAUCAGAAUUCGGUCCCUACAAGUAGACCUCAGCUUACAACAACAACUGGGAUCAGAGUCUCCGUUGCUAAGCAAGACAGCUGCGUCCGAUUCUAUGGUCUUUUUCUGCCACAGUUGUUAAGCAAAUCACUGCAGUUUUUAAGUGAACCAGUCAUUAAGUGAAUCUGGCUUCCCAUAUUGACUUUGUUCAUAGCUGGCUGGGAAGGUUACAAAUGGCCAUUGUGAUCAUGAGACACUGCAACUCCCAUUGUAAAUACAUGCCAAUGGACAAAGUACCUAAAUUUGGAUCAUGUGACCACUGCAAUGCUGCAGUGGUCAGAAGGGCGAGGACCGGUCAUAAGUGCUGUUGUAACUCUGAUCCAUCGCUAAAUGAAUAGUUGUAAGUUGAGGACUAUCUGUAAUCUAUAUGUACGUGUAAAAAUCAAAAGCAACAGCAAAAGACAGCUUAGUCUGCAGGUGAAAAAUAUUCACCAGCCUCUAAUUCAUGCAUGUUAGUAUGCAACAGCACUGGUUAAUUUUUCUCCUAGCUAAGGUUAUACCAUGUUUCCCUGAAAAUAAGAGCCAAUGGGAAAAUAAGCCCCAGCGUGAUUUUUCAGGAUGCUCGUAAUAUAAACCCUACCCCCAAAAUAAGCCCCAGUUAAGAUCAUCAGCCAGACGCAUUUAGUACCGUAUUUCCCCAAAUAUAAGAUCCAACUGGAAAAUAAGCCCAAAUGCGUCUUUUGGAGCAAAAAUUAAUAUAAGACCCGGUCUUAUUUUGGGGAAAACACGGGUACCAUCUCAAAAAGAAGAAGAAUUCCUGGAGGAUGUGUUUCAGGUUGGAAAACGAUGAAUAAAUAGCUUGCUUUUUGGUAGAAUUAGUUAGGUAAACUAGGGAGAAAAGAAAAGAAUGUAAGUUUGUACCAUUUAAUCUAUACAGACUGCAGAAUGAUGCUUCUUUAAAAAAAGAAAAAAAAGCCCAAACGAAGCACAAGCCAGCAUGCUGAGUCCUCGGGGUUUGUUUUUAUAUUUCAGAUCUGUCUUUUUUUCUUGCACUGAAUUUGCACUGUUCAAAUUCCAGGCUGAAUUUCCACAUAUAACCUAACCCUGUGCAGAAGAUGGUUGGAAAACUCAUUCCCCCCCCCCCCCCAGCAUAUGUAAACUCAUUACAGGCAGCCCUUGACUUAUGACCAAAAUGGAGCCCGAAAUUUAUGUAGCUAAAUGAGGCAUUUGUUAAGUGAGUUUUGCCCCAUUCUGUGACCUUUCUUGGCACAGUUGUUAAGUGAAACCCCCCAGUUGUUAAGUUAGUAACAAUUGUUAAUCUAGUAACACAGUUUGUGGCUUCCCCAUUGACUUUGUUUGUCAGAAGAUCACAAAAAGAUGACCACAUGAUCCCAGGAUGUCAUAAACAUGAGUCAGUUGCCAUGUGACUGAAUUUUGAUCAUCUGUCUGUGGGAUGCUGCGAUGAUUAUAUGAACAAUGGCCCUGAGUCACUUUUUUCAGUGCCGUUAUAACUUUGCACGGUCACUGAACUGUUGUAAGUCAAGGACUACCUGUACUGUAAGAAUGAAAAAUUCUAAUACCUCUCUUUCUAUUUCAUUAAAUCUAUUUUAUUUUAUUUCUAAGCAUUUAGAAAUGUAUUGAGCUGUUCCCUGAAGCCUUCCUGGUUUGAAACUUAUCACAGAAGGUCAAAGACAACUUUGCCAACAGAGAAACCUGUAAAUAAUUAUAAACCUUGGCUAGAAAUGGGAAACAUGCAUUGUAAUUCUACUUAUUUUAUAAGGAUGUUCAAAUACAGCACGUGUUUAACACCU